AUGAGGAUUCCGAGAUGCGUCGUAAUUGAUGAUCCUGUUACAUUCGAGUUGCACGGUUUUUCGGAUGCCUCCCAACGGGCUUACGGAUGUUGUAUAUAUCUAAGAAAAGUGAACGCCAACGGAAUGGUUGACGUGAAGCUGAUCUGCGGUAAAUCUAGAGUUGCGCCGUUGAAGGAGUUGAAACGACCGGAGUAUGAAGGAGCAUCGCCAUGUGAAAUGACGAUUCCAAGGUUGGAGCUGUGUGCAGCAGCUUUGCUGGCAGAGCAGUUGAAAACAGAGCGCGAAGCCUUAGAACUAGAAUUCAAACAUAUAGUUUUGAGGUCCGACUCAAAAAUAGUGUUAUGUUGGUUGAAAAAACAGAACUCUGAUUUCCCGGUAUUUGUGCGUAAUCGAAUAGUUGAGAUUCAGAAAUUUACUCCAGAUGCUAAAUGGUUGUAUAUAGGCACGAAGGACAACCCUGCAGAUCUCGUAUCUAGAGGCGUCCAACCAGUAGAGCUUAUGAAGAGUGAACUGUGGUGGAACGGGCCAGUAUUUCUGAGUUCCUUGGAGGAAGAAUUCGAGAUACAGCACCUCGAAGAAAAAGAAGAAAGUGAUGAUGUGAAUAAUACCGAAAAGACCGUAGCUUUAGUGGCUCAAGAGUGUCGGUUGUAUAAUUUGAUCCAGAACUGCAGUAACUUUCGGGGAUUAAGUGGCAGUCUAGCUGGUCGCGACCAUCGUGAUUCGCUAUUGGCAAUGGUCAAGAUUGUUCAGCAUGUAGUGUAUGAAGAAGAGAUCAAAGAUAUUGAAAAGGGUAAGCUUGUGAAGGGGAAACUCCGAAAUCUUAACCCAAUGUACGACAAACGGGAGAAGCUACUCCGAGUUGGGGGCCGUACUAGGUAG